CAGUUGGGACAGUUUGUUGGAUCAGUCCAUUAUUUUAGAUAGUGACUGUACAUUGGUUUGGUCCACAGUUAGCUAAGAGACGGUUCGGACAGUUUAUUAGAUCGGUCCAUUAUUUCAGUCAUAGGUGCACACACACCUGUCAGGACCCUCGCUAUGCAGACAGACCCCUCCAUUGGUUCUCCUGAGGAUUGAACGCUGCCACUCACCAUGGGACUGAAGAGGCUGGCAACUGGACCACCCGACAUUACAGAAGAUGUUUUUGAGGAUUUCCUAGUAACAGACAACUUGCUUGUAGAUUACUUCAAUGAAUUCUUACGUCUACCAACUUUUACUGAAGCGAUCAAGUUCAACAAAAUAUAUGGAGUUUUUGAAGUGAUCAGUAAUGUCCCUGAUCACUUGGAAGAGCACAUUAAAAAGGUGUUACAUGAUCACCAAUCUCCGAACCCCAUCUACAAUGCAUCCAGGAGUGUCACUGGACAGAGCUUGAAAAAAUACUCUCUUAUUGAUAUAAAAAUUGACAACAAUUAUAAUGUAAUGUGUUUGAAUCGAGAACAAGGAGUUGAAUGGAUAAAGAAGGAAAGACUUCCAGCAUUCCUGAAGAGUGACUGUUACUUUGAAUACAGACUUGCUAAGUUGUUGUCCCAGGUGAGGGUGAAUAAUGCAGGAGUGAGUCUAGAGAUAGAUCCACAUUACCAGCCCUGGACACUCAAAAGAGUCAUAGCUGCUUCCCCAUCCCCUACGACUGAGAAUGAGGAGACUAUGAAGAGGUUUUUUGUUACACUUGGACAGAUCUAUACAUGUGUUCUACAGGCUUCUUUAACACAGACAAAAGAAUGGUUUACCAUUGCAAAACAAAGUGCAACUAUUGAUACCACAAAUUCAGUAUCUGGAUUGAUGACUUGGGGUGACGAUCGUAGUCAAGUUCUUCAAAGUAUCUCAAGUCACCAAAAACCCAAACUUCUCGACUCCAAUAAGAAUUUUGGUAAAUCUCAGAGGGACAGUAAGAAAACGCAGGAUACAUGGGAGAAGGAGGAAUAUCCGGUAUCUAUUGCGCCUUCCCCUACUCCGAGCCCAAUAAGACUUUAUGUUGAGCAGAAACAAGACCAAAAACCAGAAGACACCAAUCCAGUGUUUCCAACGAUGGAUGAUUUUGCUUUUUAUUAUGUUGAUCGUGUUGUGAAUUCUGUAGUCUCCAAGAUGAAUGGUAACAUUAUGAAGAAAAGUGUUGAUAAGGUGGAUAUCUUUGACUUGUCUCAGGUGACCAUCCAAAAAGUAGCUAGUACCAGGGCCUCAUCCAUCUCCUCUGAAGUGUCCAUUGAGGAAGAGCUUGAUGUCUCUGAUUUAGACGAUGAUGAACAGGACAGUCUGAAUGAUUCCCACUAUAAGCAGGAGUAUUCCCAAAUCCGAAGCCAUAAGGAGUUUGAAAAAUUUAAGUCCUUUAUUAAGGGAACUUCGGGAGAAAAACUUUUUUUGCUGUGGAUGGAAAUUGAGAGGCUGAAAUCUAUCAAUGACAUAAAGAGAAAACAGAGCCACCUUAACAAGAUGAAAAAACUAUAUAUGAUGGUAACAGGUGACCAAUACCUUCAGGCAGAGGUUCUGGCAAGAUUGAACCUUCUAGACACAAAUCAAUGGCAUGAAAAUCAUCUACUAAGUGUCCAGGCUGAAAUAGCUAAACCACUGCUUCUGUACUGGGGCCCUAGAUUUUGCUUGUCCAGUUCUGUACAGGCCAAUAAAGUUGGUGCUGAUCUCAGAGUGCGCUACGACCGCCAACUGAGGCCAAAGAGAGACGCUGACCCUUUUGCACAGACGAUAACCCUGCUACCUCUUAGACCGAAGUCUUGUAUGCCAAGAAUUGCCACCACAAGUUCACCAGUGAAUGAGAAUAGUCAAGCAUAUCCAAAAAUUAUUAAAAGUGCUUCUUCCCCUAGAUUGUCUGGGAGUCUGAUUUCUGCAAAAUUAUCGCAACGGAAAAGACAAAUAAGGAGCUUACCUGCAAGUGCACCACUAAACAGAUCACAAAAUAGACCCAAGAGCUCAAGACCAGCAACUGCACAUACAACGGUGUUCAAGGGAAAAGCGCGGUUAGAAUCAUGUCGCAGUGGUAUGGAAGAAGAUGCCCUAUCAAGUGCAGAUACAAGCUACGGUGUUCUGAAGAGUUCCAAGAUUGAGAAAAUGUUGCAAGCUCUGAAUCUGGACUCUCGGGCUGGGUAUUUCUUCACAACCUUCUGUGAGCAGUCAGGGAACAAGCUGUGGGAGAAUGGUGUCCACUUCUGGUUUGAUCUACAGUCCUAUCAUCACUUGUUCUACCAAGAGACUUUACAACCUUUCAAACUGCGCAGACAAUCCCAACUCAUUUUUGGCACUUACCUUGCUCCUUCAGCUUCCAUGGACAUUGGUGUUGAGCAGACCAUACGGAAAGAGAUUUAUCAGAAACUUGAUCCACCUUUUGAGGAUUUAUUUGACUCAGCUGAAGAAUACGUCCUCACGAUUCUACUCUCCGCCUGGAAACAGAUGACUGAGUUAGACAGACAGGCUUAUGGGAAAGUAGAGCUGGUUGAAGAAUCACGACAGCUGGAGUCAGCUAACUAUCAAAAGCUGCAGGCUUUGCAACGAGAGAAGGCGUCCAAGAAAGAUGAGGAUCAGGCCAGCAAAUACAUCUUUGUUCCACCUCCUGACAUACCUAAAGAGCCCAAUCUAUGGGACCUGGUUCCAGAAGAGUACAGGAAUUACAACCUUGAAACAUUACUGCGGCACAGGAUGGAGCUGGAACACUUCCGUGCCUUUCUAGAAGAGCAUUUUGCAAGCAUGGACCUCAAGUGUUGGGUGGAUCUUGAACAUCUCAGAAGGGCUUCGCACAAGAAAAAGGAGGAACGGCUAGAAACAUCUAAGGAUAUAAAGAAUAAAUAUUUAAAUAAAAAAUAUUUCUUUGGACCUAACAGUCCGGCAACAAGAGAUCAGCAGGAACAGGUCAUGAUGCUGGCAGGAGGCUGGGGAAAAAUUCUUCAUGAUCGGCUACCUCCCACUGUUGUCACUGAGAUACAGAAAUAUGUCCGUAUGAGGAUUGAGAAGAAGUGGCUACCCAUGUUUUUAUCAACAGAGGAAUUCAGAGAACGCCAGAAACGGAAAUCACAGAUGAAAGAUGUGGCAGAAGAUGUCAUAUUCCAAACGAACAAGAAGAAAUUGGGAGUGUGGAAGCAACUAGACAGCAAAUGGAUUUCUUCCUCCAAAGAAAUCAUUGUUUUUCGCAAAGCGUUGCUGAACCCGAUUACAGCCAGCCAAUUUCAGCGGUUCAUAGCUUUAAAAGGAGAUUUUUAUGAAAAUGGAUUACUCUUCUGGCAAGAGGUGCAGAAGUAUAAGGACUUGUGCCACUCUCACUGUGAUGAGUCCACAAUUCAGAACAAGAUCACCGCUAUCAUCAACUGUUUCAUCAACUCCUCCAUCCCUCCGGCUCUGCAGAUAGACAUUCCUCCAGAACAAGCAGAAAAAAUUAUUGAGCGGCGACGGGAUCUUGGACCGUAUGUGUUUCGAGAGGCACAGAUGACUAUCUUCAGCAUACUGUUCAAGUUUUGGCCUCAGUUCUGUGAAUUUCGGAACCGUCUAACAGAUGAGAAGAUUGUGCCGCUACUGGAGCGGAAGAAGGCAAAGAGAGCAGAACAGAUGAAACAAAAAGUGAAGGAACAAGAAAAACUUGCAAACCAGCAGCAACAAGAAGGCUCCAAAAGAAAGAGCACCUUCUCGGACAUAUAUAAUGAUAAUGAUAGCAUAUACAGCGAAGAGUCAUUUUCUGGUCGCAAUACUAUUGGACGCAGCAGAAAUGUAUCUUGGAGUUACUCAAAAUACUUAGAGGCCCUGGAGCAGGAACGGAUGCUUCUGAAAAUACAGCAAGACUUGGAGAAGAAAACAGAGUCAAGUGUCAUGUCAGAUGAUUCCUUACUCAGUGUGAGAACCGAUGAAACCAAAAGGACUGGGAAAACCGUUGGCUCAUCCCACCAGUCUGGACAGGCACAAAGACUUUUAUCAGCUACAAGACGAUAACAGCGGAUCUUGGUCUCAGGAAAAAGCGAUCCUGCUAGGACUGUAGCUCAUACAGAAACAUGGCCAUCAACAUUUCAUUAAACUAUUAACCUCUGUGGACUGAAUUUUGUGUCAAUAUUACUACUGAGAAUCAAUUAUUAGUUACCCUUUAUAAAUCCUCUGUGUCCUAUAACCCUCCAGUAAAGAUUCCACCUUAGAAAUCUAUUAAGGUUCAUUUAAUAAAACUACAUUCCUCCUCAGAACAAUUCAGCUGGUUGACCCUGGUGUGCGACAUAAUUGGCCAGUACAGCACUGGUUUAAGGGGAUUGUCUGGUUUGGAAAACUCAUUUUCGAUACCCUGUGUGGACAUUUUAAGCCAAUACAGUGGAACCACUAAAUGUCAACCCUCAUCUUAUAGCCAGAUCAAACAGCAGUUACAAGGACUGUCUCCCAAUCUGGAAAACUCAUGCUGACCAUGCAUUACAUGACAGUCCUUUAAUUUCAGAAGAUGACAUGUAUUGCUUAAUUUCCCCUCCGUUGGCACUAUAGGGAAAUUAAACAUUUAAUUUUGUUUUUUCCUGAUUUGAUCUAUGCAGGUCCUCGCACUCAGACUCUCUUGAUCCACCUAUCUUUAGAGCCUU